AUGCGUCGCAAUCAAGAUAGGAAUGGUGAUGCUACAAGCGCUGCCAUGUUGAGGAGGUACAGUAAGCUCCGAUCGGCCUGCAAUGCAUUACAAGAAGCUGUAAAAGUGAUCAAUGAGAAUGCAUUGAAUGCUGAAGAAAUUUCGCAGCUUUCAAAGAGUGAUAUUGAGCUGGAAAGGGCGAUCGCUGACAGUCCCGCUAUACUAGUCUCGAAAUAUAUCAAUGAAGUUCACUAUGGUAUUUCAAAUGUCUUUCAACAUUAUAAAUUCGAGGAGGGAGCCCCGAAUGUGGAUCGAGUGGUCAAAUAUCCAGUGGUAUCCAACGCCUACUUGGAAAAUUUAGCUUUCCUGCACCGAAGUUGCAGUAGUAUGAAUGUUCAUGUUACUGAGGUUGAUAGAGCUGUUGCAACUAAUGAAAGGCUAGAAUUUUUGGGCGACAGCUGGCUGGGCGCAUUUGUCUCUUAUACCCUUUACAAGAAAUACCCUUAUGCAAAUGAGGGUUCACUGUCGAAGAUGCGUUCAGCCAUUGUGAACAAUGUUAACCUAGCCAAAUGGUGCAAGCAAGUUGGUUUUGAUGAGAGACUUCGGGGCAAUAUUCCUAAAAUGGUCAACAAGCUUAAGGACAUGACGUCCAAAUAUCAUGCCGACUGUUUCGAAGCUUACGUGGGUGCCCUAGUUGUCGAUAAGUACUCAAUCGAAUUUGGCGAAAUUGUGGAUUGGAUUGAGGACCUUUCUGAAGAAGUCUUCAGGGAAAUGGGAACUAAAAUGAUCAAAGAACCAAUGAACAAAAAUGCCAAGCAUGAACUUGCAACCCUUUUGACCUGUAACAAAGUGGGAGCCAAAUUGGAGUACCAAAGGUUGAACUCAACUUCUCCUUUCAAGGUCGAAGUCAAACUUGGAGAUAUCUCUCUAGCAACGGGUGAAGGUUCGAGCAUCAAAGAGGCCGAGCAGCGCGCAGCCAUGAAAGCAUUACUAGAUACUUCAAAGAUUAAGACAUAUUCCUUUUACGAAUUAGAUGAUCUUCAGAUUGAGGACGCACAAGUUGAGAAAGCCGAUCUUCUUUUAGCCAACAGCGAGCGAAGCACCUCAAGUUUAGAAAUCGAUAACUCUGACAAGGUCGAAAUCGAACUAAUUUCAGAGGAGCUCCCACAAAAACUGCCAGCAGAAGUUUCAUUUGCCGAUGUCGCCAAGAAAGAUGGAAACGAGACUAGAGCCAACGGUGGUUUUCCUCAGGGUCAAGUCGCUGAUAUUGUUGAGCAAAUUUUGGGUAAGUUGAAGGAUACAGUGGUUACCUCUGUUACUGCUGUUAUGAACGAGAAUGGUCUCAUUGAUCAACAGGUAUCCAAUCAGGUACAGGAGCCUGCAAUUGCUCCGUCACAAGCAGUAUCACAGCAAUAUAUUCCCCGCUGGCAAGCAUCCACUCAAAAUGCUCCUGUUCGAGUCACCAACCUUCCUGCCAAUACCUGGUCUCAAGCCACCCCUGUUUCUGUUGCACCACAAAAUGCUCAAGCUAGAGAUGUCUUCAGACAAUAUAGUUCUUCACAAAAGAAUUCUACUCAAAAUUUUACCGCAGAAUCUGUUCCAGUUAAAAAAGUACUUGCAGCCCAACCUCAAGCUGACAUAGCGGCUUCGGCUCCUCCUCCUGCUCAGUCUGCUUUGACACAACCGAAUACUUCUUCUCAAACUGCCGCUCGCCAGUAUCCCGUUGCUCUUUCCGACUCUCCUGUAGCUUAUAACAAACCGGCUGAAGGUGUUUCUGCUCAAGCGGCUGGUCAUUCGGAUCAAUUGCACGUUGACGCAUCUUCUAAGCAAGAACUCUACGCUUAUUUAGGUCAACGUGGAUUUAGACCUUACUACGAGACAAAGAGCGAGGGCCUGCAGUCUUUUUCAUCUGAUUGUAUGAUUCAAGGAUUCAAUAUAAUCCUAGGCAGUGGCCGUGCUUCAAGUAAGAAGCAGGCUGAACAGAUUGCUGCCUAUUUUGGUUUUAGAAGUGAGAGUCUGAAGGAGUUCUUGGAAAACCCUGCCUACCUUUCAGCCCUAUGCUCAAGCAUAGGGCUGAAAGGUUCAGUCUGUCCAAAACGGCAAUGUUAA